CGACCCCAUCUUUUUCCUGCGCUCCUUCACCCAGUUCUCAAACAUUGGUGGAGUACACAGGCGGCCCACUAGGACCCACUCACGCACCCCUCUGGGCCAAGUCCCCUGGGAGCAGCAGGACGGAGAGGCAGAGCCUGCCGUUGGUCAUGGAACAACCUGAAUGAAGGGGAGGUCCAGGACGGAGGGGAUUGGGCUUUGGGGAGUGGAGGAGGGGAGAGGCGGAGGGGCCGCUGUGGCUCCGGCUUGCUCUAGCCCAGCUCUCACCAGCCCGCUACAACCGGCGCCAGCUACCGGGCCUCAGAGAAGCCGGACUUCGUGGGCACCAUGGAGUGGCUAAGGGGCGGACCGGGAAUGCUGAUCACUGGAGAUUCCAUCGUUAGUGCUGAGGCAGUAUGGGAUCACGUCACCAUGGCCAACCGGGAGUUGGCAUUUAAGGCUGGCGACGUCAUCAAAGUCUUGGAUGCUUCAAACAAGGAUUGGUGGUGGGGCCAGAUCGACGAUGAGGAGGGAUGGUUUCCUGCCAGCUUUGUGAGGCUUUGGGUGAACCAGGAGGAUGGGGUGGAAGAGGGGCCCAGUGAUGUGCAGAAUGGGCACCUGGACCCCAACUCAGACUGCCUCUGUCUGGGCCGGCCACUACAGAACCGAGACCAGAUGCGCGCCAAUGUCAUCAACGAGAUCAUGAGCACUGAACGUCACUACAUCAAGCACCUCAAGGACAUUUGUGAGGGCUAUCUGAAGCAGUGCCGAAAGAGAAGGGACAUGUUCAGUGAUGAUCAACUGAAGGUAAUAUUUGGGAACAUUGAAGACAUCUACAGGUUUCAGAUGAGCUUUGUGAGAGAUCUGGAGAAACAAUACAACAAUGAUGACCCCCACCUCAGUGAGAUAGGACCCUGCUUCCUAGAGCAUCAAGAUGGAUUCUGGAUAUACUCAGAAUAUUGUAACAAUCACCUGGACGCCUGUAUGGAGCUCUCCAAGCUGAUGAAAGAUAGCCGUUACCAGCACUUCUUUGAGGCCUGUCGCCUUUUGCAGCAGAUGAUUGACAUUGCUAUUGAUGGUUUCCUUUUGACUCCAGUGCAGAAGAUCUGCAAGUACCCCUUACAGUUGGCUGAGCUCCUCAAGUAUACUGCCCAAGACCACAGUGACUACAGAUAUGUGGCAGCUGCUUUGGCUGUCAUGAGAAAUGUGACUCAGCAGAUCAAUGAACGCAAGCGACGUUUGGAGAAUAUCGACAAGAUUGCCCAGUGGCAAGCUUCUGUCCUAGAUUGGGAGGGUGAAGACAUCCUAGACAGGAGCUCGGAGCUGAUCUACACUGGGGAGAUGGCCUGGAUCUAUCAGCCCUAUGGCCGCAACCAGCAGCGUGUCUUCUUCCUGUUUGACCACCAGAUGGUCCUCUGUAAGAAGGACCUGAUUCGGAGAGAUAUUCUGUACUACAAAGGCCGCAUUGACAUGGAUAAAUAUGAGGUGGUUGACAUUGAAGAUGGCAGAGAUGAUGACUUUAACGUCAGCAUGAAGAAUGCCUUCAAGCUUCACAACAAGGAAACUGAGGAGAUACACCUGUUCUUUGCCAAGAAGGUAGAGGAGAAAAUACGCUGGCUUAGGGCUUUCAGAGAAGAGAGGAAGAUGGUACAGGAAGAUGAAAAAAUUGGUUUUGAAAUUUCUGAAAACCAGAAGAGGCAGGCUGCACUGACUGUGAGAAAAGUCCCUAAACAAAAAGGUGUCAACUCUGCCCGCUCAGUUCCUCCUUCAUACCCACCACCGCAAGACCCGUUAAACCAGGGCCAGUACCUGGUCCCCGAUGGCAUCGCUCAGUCACAGGUCUUUGAAUUCACCGAACCCAAACGCAGCCAGUCACCAUUUUGGCAAAACUUCAGCAAGUUAACUCCUUUCAAAAAAUAAUACCUAUAGGGAGGCAGAUAAUUUUAAAAUAAAGUAAAUAAAAUUA